CUGUUAUUCAUUGUCAACAAUCAAUACACAGUACAUAACGGAAUAAAUUAAUGCGAAAGCAACUGUCGUUGACGUGCACGUAUACAGUUUUGCACCGCAGUACUUGAUCAAUUUGAAUACUUUGCGCAGUACUCGAUCAAUUGAAUACUUUGCGAUUUUGCACAUGAACAUGCUAUCACUUGCACCCCUGGCCCUAGGUGGGCUGUUGACAGUAUACGCUUUAGACGGUAUCAUACGAAAGGGAUUACUAAAAGAGAAGGCGGCUGUGCAAUAUAACCAGAAGUCGGAUGCACGCAUGGGCCGUAUUCUGGGUCGAAUGGACUCUGUCUUAAGCGGCUACGCACCCACCUUCUGGGCGCACGGCAGUUACACACAGCUGGGUCUGUUGCUGCUGUGGAAGGCGGUCCACAACAACACCGUGAGAUUUAAAACGCAUACAGUGCAGUGUCCCGAUGGAGGUGUCGUACAUAUCGAAGAGUUCGUGGAACCUGAGGGAGCCACAGAACUACCAGUGAACGCGCCCAUUGUACUGAUUCUGCACACUAUUGGGGGCACGGCAGCGGACGAGUCGGAAUUCUGCAAAGAAGCAUACGCGCGUGGUAUGAGAGCUAUGGUGUUGGCCAGACGGGGCCAUGCAGCGCCCCUGGUCACAGCUAAGUUCAAUUUCAUGGGGUGCACUAAGGAUACUACGCUCAUGGUACAGCGCGUAAAGCAGCUUUAUCCGGAGAGUUUCAUUGGAAUGGUCGGGCUAUCUGCCGGUAGUGGUCAGUGUGUAUCAUACAUUGGUCAACAAGGUGACACACAACCCGUCCAAGCGGCCGUCUCUCUUUGCCCAGCAUACGACAUCAGUAAAGCGUUCCAUAAGUUUCAAGAACAGAGCCCACUGCUGGCUAAGUGGCUGCUCCAGGGACUCAAGAAGUUCUUUCUGCGCAACAACUACACGCUGAUGAAGGCCACCCACGAGGACAGUUGUAAGUUAGACGCAGCGCAAUAGUAUACGCUGAAGACUCAAGACGUUCUCUCAGCG